UCUGGAUCGAACACAUUCUUGUGCGCAGAUCUUCAUCAUGCCGUUCGCGCAACUCGUGAUAGGGCCCCCCGGUGCCGGAAAGUCAACCUACUGCAAUGGCAUGCACCAGUUCCUCGGAGCUAUUGGUCGCAAAUGCUCCAUUGUGAAUCUGGACCCCGCAAAUGAUAAAACAUCAUAUCCGUGCGCGCUGGACGUUCGCGACCUUGUCACGUUAGAGGAGAUCAUGAGUGAGGAUCAGUUGGGGCCUAAUGGGGGUAUCUUGUAUGCGCUGGAGGAAUUAGAGGAGAACUUUGACUGGCUUGAGGAGGGACUGAAGGAUCUCGGAGAGGACUACGUCUUGUUCGACUGCCCGGGCCAAGUUGAACUGUUCACACACCACUCUUCCCUUCGGAACAUAUUCUUCAAAUUGCAGAAGAUGGGCUACAGACUCAUCGUGAUCCAUCUCAUCGACUCCUACAACCUCACACUACCAUCGAUGUACAUUUCCGCCCUUCUCCUCUCCCUCCGCGCCAUGCUCCAAAUGGAUCUACCUCACCUGAACGUCCUCACCAAGAUCGACAACCUAUCGAACUAUUCCCAGCUGCCAUUCAACCUUGACUACUAUACAGAAGUGCAAGACCUCAGCUACCUUCUACCGCACCUCGAAGCCGAAUCGUCACGGCUAUCACACGAAAAGUUCGGACCGCUCAACAACGCGAUCAUCGACCUAGUGGAGGAAUUCGGACUAGUAAGCUUCGAGACGCUAGCCGUAGAGGACAAGAAGAGCAUGAUGAAUCUACUGCACGUUAUCGACCGUGCCAGUGGCUACGUCUUCGGACCCGCCGAGGGUGCCAACGACUCCAUCUGGCAGGUUGCUGUCCGAGAAGGCCUGGGACAGAUGGACAUCCGAGACGUGCAAGAGCGGUGGCUCGACGCGAAAGACACGUACGAUGAACACGAGCUAAAGCAGCUGGAGGAAGAGGCGAAAGCCAACGAAAAGGCAGCCGAAGAAGCAUCAGCAAAGCAACCCAAUAUGAACUUCGAUGAUGACGACGAAUACGACGAUCUGGGCAGGGGGUCGAUACCAGAUGGCGGCGUGAAGGUUAUACGAAAAUCAUGACAUGACAUGGAAUCUAUCCCAGCAUCUAUAUUCCAUCCACACACACACUGUAUAAUAUAGGGUAUCUCUAAUGAAAACGAUCAAG